AUGGGCACAGGUGAGAGUGGCAAGAGUACGUUCAUUAAACAGAUGAGGAUCAUUCAUGGCUCGGGUUAUACUGAUGAAGAUAAGAAGGGCUUCAUUAAGCUCGUCCACCAGAACGUGAUCAGCGCCAUGCAGUCCAUGGUCAGAGCUAUGGACAUGCUCAAGAUCGCCUAUGCUAACUCAGACAACCAGGCUAAUGCUACACUGGUAAAUGAUAUUGAGGUGGAUAAGAUCAUGAGUUUGGAGGAGGCCCAAUUCAACGCCAUCCGGAGUCUAUGGAACGACACUGGGAUUCAAGAAUGCUACGACCGCCGCCGAGAGUACCAGCUAACUGACUCUGCCAAAUAG